UCAUCCCCCCUCUGAAGCCGCCCAGGCCCCUGUAUCAUCCUCCUGCUCUGUCCCUCCCCCCAAGUAUGGGCCCAGUGCCCUGGGGGCAGGGGGCAUGGCAGGAACUCCCGGACCCUUUAAAUGUUGGCAGCAAACUUCCUCCCCCUUGCCGGCAGCUGCUUGGGCUCCAGCCAGUCACGUCAGCCCCUCCCUCCCGUCCUGGGGCAGAGCCCAGGCUGCUGAGUGCUGGAGCAGUGCUGCCAGGCUCCGCACGCCCCUGGCCCGCUGCACGCCGGCUCCCCCAGCGGGCGGGGACGGGAAGGAAGGGGGCAGCAGCCCCUGGGAGGACAGACCUUUCCAGCGCCUGGGUGAGACCCCCUCCGGCUCUGCUGCGUGCUGGGACCGUCCCCUCCCCCUGGGGCACUGGAGACAUCUGAUCGCGGCACCGCGCCAUCUGGGCACCCAGGCAGCGCUGGGCUGGCCCCGUUCCUCUGGCGUACACAGGGCUGUCGGCAGGUGAGGACACUGGGGCCUGCCAGGCGGGCAUGGGCGGUGCUGCCCCCUCCCACGGGCAGCUCCCUGCAUGGAGGGUCCGGCCUGGCCUGGGAAUGUAGCUGGGAUGGAGAAGGUCAGCGCCCCCGCUGCUCCCCUCAACGCGUCUGGAAACGACAGCAGAGGGCAGCCAGGGGCGGCCCCACACUCCCCUCUGGCCUCGGCGCUCAUCCUGCUAGCUGUGCUCUCCAUCAUCCUGGCCACGCUGCUGGGCAACACGCUGGUGGUGGUGGCUGUCUUCACCAGCCGGGCCCUCAAGGCCCCGCAGAACCUCUUCCUGGUGUCCCUGGCUUCAGCCGACAUCCUCGUGGCCACCCUCAUCAUCCCCUUCUCCUUGGCCAAUGAGCUGCUGGGCUCCUGGGGCUUCGGCAGCCUCUGGUGCAGCUUCUACCUGGCGCUGGACGUGCUCUUCUGCACCUCCUCCAUUCUGCACCUGUGUGCCAUCAGCCUGGACCGCUACUGGGCUGUCACCAGGGCCACCAGGUUCAACCUCCAGAGGAGCCCCGGGAGAGUCAAGGUCACGAUCGGUGCCGUGUGGGCCAUCGCUGGCCUGGUCUCCGUGCCGGCCCUGUUCACGGCCCAGACGCAGGCCAGGGAAUGCCUGCUGAACAACAAUACCUGGUACGUGCUGGCCUCCUGCACCGCCUCCUUCUUCGCCCCCUGCUUCAUCAUGCUCGCGGUGUACUGCAGGAUUUAUCGCAUCACCAAGCACAGGUGCUCCGGCACCGUCUCCGCCAGGCCUGGCAUGGCCCAGCGCCCCUCCCGCGCCAGCUCCUGCUUGCCCACUGCCACCUGGAGCUCUGCAGAGCAGGACACAAGCACAGAGCAGGGCAGCCAGUGUGCCCACAAGCUGGGGUCAGCUCCUCUCUGCAGGCAGUGGCCAGAGGAGGAGAACAACGGCGCCACUGCCAGCCCGAGAAGGCUCAGGAGGCCUUCCUGGGCACUGGCUCGAGGCCCCCAGCGGUGGAGUGAGCAGCAGAGCAUGUCCAUCUCCAGGAGACGGCUGGUGCAGGCGCGGGAGCGCAGGUUCACGUUUGUCCUGGCCGUGGUGAUCAGUGCCUUUGUCCUGUGCUGGUUCCCCUUCUUCUUCACCUACAGCCUGGAGUCGCUGUGCGGGGACCGCUGCCACAUCUCCAAGCUCCUCUUCAGCGUCUUCUUCUGGAUUGGCUACUGCAACAGCUGCCUCAACCCAGUCAUCUACACCGUCUUCAACAGGGACUUCCGCAGAGCCUUCCGCAGGCUCCUCUCCAAGGCCCCGCGCUGCCACCGCCCUGGGCUGGACCCUGGCACCGCUCCCCCACUAGGCCAGACCCCAGCAAGGCCCCUGCGCCACUGUCCCCUGCUGGGCUGAGAUCAUUUCAAACUGCUCUUGGCCUCCAGCCCCCGUGCUGGGCUAUAUGACACAGGAGACAAGCCUGGGUGUGGGGCUGGUGUCCUGGCCUGGGGUUUAGGAGACCUGGGAUUACGGGUUGGAUGGCCCAGGCUGUGAGCAGAGGGGGGCUGGAAACUCUAGCUGCCAACUUUAGUUUACAGGUAUUUUUAAAAAUGCAGAUUUUGGGUAUUUGAAUAAAAGAGACUGAAUCACA